AAGGGGGGGGGCGAUCGAGCCGGAUCAGACGGAAUGCCCGGCUCUUUCGCCGCCUUUGCUCCGCGUCUGUCCCAGGAAAGCCGCCGGCCCGCCCGCCCGCCCGCCCGAUCCCUCGGAGCCACUUCCAGCGGGGGGAGGAGGGGGCGGGGGUCCCCUCUUGGCUCCCCGGAGGGACGGAACCAGCCUGGCAGCGGGCGGGACUUGGCUGCUUCGGGCGGGGCGAGCGAGCGAGCGAUCCGACGCGUUGGGCUGCCCGGGAAGUCGAGCUGUCCGCUGUACGGUGCGCGAGGGGCGGCGGGUCCGGACCCGGAACGAGGGGAAUCGGGGGUCGCGACUGGCACGUCCCGCGUGGCGUGGCGGCAGUCGCCGCCGAGUCCGCCGCUCAGUGGCCAGCGCCGGGAGGGCGCCGGGUCCCGCGGGGAGGAGCGCGGCGUGAUGCUGCCGGUGGGCGCUUUACCUCCGGCUCUGCGUCCCUGCCGGAGCUGGAGUACGGAGACCUCCCCUCGGAGGAGCCGGGCAACAGCUGGAGGCGGAGGGGGCUGCCGAAGUCGCGUCUUGCCGGGCAGCUUGCCGGAGAAAGCCGCUGGGAGCCCCGGGAGGGCAGCCGUGGCGAGACAAGGAGCCCUCCCCGGCCCUCCCUCCGUCGAGGCCGUCGGAGGGACGGUCUCGCCGCGGCUUGCCCGGGCUGCUGGCUUGACUCCGAGUCGCUUGGCGGGGGCGGCCACGCGGCCCGAGGAAGUCGGGUUGGCAGGGCCGGCGCGGCGUUGCAUGCGGCAGGUUGAUGCUGUCGGCGGCGGGAGAUGCCCAGUGCCUCCCCUCACACUAACCUCGGAAGGAGCCCCCCAGAAUUCCUGCCCAAGUUUCCUUGAUUUGCAGAACAGCCUCCCAGCCUUGCAAGGCCUGUUCCUCAAAACUCUUUCCCACUCAGGAGGAUCUGAGGAAAUGACGCCCCCAGUUGCGUACCAGAAGCUCAAGACACUGGAGAGCUCUCAGGAGCUGCUGCCCCUGGCCGAGCAGCCCGGCCAGACUCUGCGCCAGUUCCAUGGCUCUGCACUGGGGAGGCCCUGCCACAGUGCCUCCGGGCUGCGUCCUGCAGAGCCACCCAGCCAAUCUACGUCCAUCCUGUCCUGGGAUUUCCAGUGCAUGCUGGUGAUGGCCAUUUUAUCCACUGUGCUGGUGGUGGUCCUGGUGGUCCACUCCUUCUUCUUUCCCUUGCACGGUUUGGCCACGUUAGGGCAUGUGGCAUCGGUCCCACAUGUGGAUCACAGGUGCAGCGACUCGUGCAGGAGUGUGCUGGUGGAGAGCAUCCCUGAGGGACUCACAUACGAUGACAACAGCACACUCGGCCCUUCCACUUUUGAGACUUGGCAAAGCCUUCUGAGAAAUGCAAGGAGCUCGGUGGACAUCGCCUCUUUCUACUGGACUCUCAGCAACCAGGAUACCCAUACCCAUGAUCCUUCAGCCAGCCAGGGGGAGGAAAUACUGACUGAGCUGCUGCAUGCUACCAGGCGAGGGAUUGUGUUGCGGAUAGCAGUCAACCCGCCUUCCACCCGGAUGCCCAGUACCGACCUUCAGCUCCUCGAGAAGAGUGGAGCCCAGAUCCGCCAAGUGGACCUACCCAGGCUGACCCGGGGAGUCCUGCACACCAAAUUCUGGAUUGUGGACCAGCUACACAUUUAUCUUGGCAGUGCAAAUAUGGACUGGCGUGCCCUUACACAGGUAAAGGAGCUCGGGGCAGCUGUCUACAACUGCAGCUGUCUGGCCCAGGACUUGGGGAAGAUGUUUGAGGCCUACUGGAUCCUCGGGCUGCCGAACACCACCAUCCCAUCACCCUGGCCAGCCAAUUACUCCACCACCUACAACAAGGAGACGCCCCUGGAGCUGGAGCUGAAUGGCACAGAGGCUGCCGUCUACUUUUCGAGUGCCCCCCCAGCCUUGUGUGCCACCGGGCGGACAGACGAUCUCCAGUCCCUGCUGAGCAUCAUUGAAGGGGCCCAGGAAUUUGUCUAUGUGUCUGUGAUGAGUUACUUGCCCACCAUGGAGUUCUCCCACCCCAGAAGGUUCUGGCCAGCCAUCGAUGACCACUUCCGGAAAGUGGCCUACGAGAAGAGAGUCCGCCUCCGCCUCCUGGUUGGCUGCUGGAGACACUCCAAGCCAAACAUGUUCCCCUUCCUGCGCUCCUUAGCUGCCCUGCAGGACAACCACACCCACUACAGCCUGGAAGUGAGGCUCUUUGUGGUGCCUGCAAAUGAGACGCAGGGCAAGAUCCCCUAUGCCAGAGUGAACCACAGCAAGUUCAUGGUUACAGACAAGGUGGCUUACAUUGGAACCUCCAACUGGUCCGGGGACUACUUCCUGCACACGGCAGGCUCUGCCCUGGUGGUGUCUCAGAGGCCGGCCGGGGACCAAGCCACCCUCCGGAAGCAGCUGCAGCGCAUCUUUGAGCGGGACUGGAACUCCAGAUACAGCCGGGAGCUGGAGCCCCAGGGCCAGGGGGAGCCUCUCUGCAGCGCUCGCUAGAGCCCCGCCUGGCGGCCCGGGAGAGGAGCCUUCGUCCCCAGCACCACCACCACCACCACCACCC